GGUAUUUUCCCAACCACCAAACUUUGGAACCCAGAAGACUUAGAACUCCACAAAAACUGUUAUUUUGGUUAUGAUGUUGGGUAAGCGAAUCAUGAUAGUGUAAUGGAGAGUCUCAAGUUCGCAUCUUUGCCUCCUUGUCGACGCUCUGGGAUGUUGGGGAAACAGUUGAAUUCCCCUCUACUUACUAUUGAUUCUGCAGCAAAGUUCUGCUAUUGCAAGGCUGAUCUUGCUGCUGCAACAUCAAGUAUUCCAUUGUCAAAAAUCAGAUUUUCUUGUAAAUUUUCACAAAAUAUUGCAAAAGCAACAUGGGCCUCAAACUCAAAUCUUUCUACCAAGCAUUGGUUAUUGCAUUCAAUGGGACAGAUAGAAAAUAUAAUCACAAGUGAUGAAGAUCAGAGCAUGUGGGAAGCAUGCAGGCAAGCUCUGUCUGCAUUUAACUUCAGUGAUGAAGAAAAGGACAAGAUACUUGCAAAAGCAUUUGGUCUUGUUCAUUCUCCUUAUUGGGGAGAAGAGCGUGAGAAGGAGGUUCCCAAAUUUGAGACAGUAAAUGGAACACUAGACUAUCUGAGGAGUUUAAAUCUUUCUGAUGAUGAUCUAUCCAAGUUGCUCAAAAAGUUCCCAGAAGUUCUUGGAUGCAAUUUAGAGGAAGAGUUGAAAGCCAAUAUAAAGAUCCUGGAGGAGCAAUGGGGUGUUCAAGGAAAAUCUCUUAGGAGCCUUCUCCUUCGAAAUCCAAAAGUUUUGGGUUAUAAUGUUGACUGUAAAGGAGACUGUAUAGCACAAUGCACUAGAUGCUGGGUUCGCUUCUAGACGAUUGGAUGAGAUUUAUAUUUUGUUUGUUGAUUGUAGUAUAACUUUUUGUUCAUUCAUCCAGCCUCUCCAAUUUAAUGAAAAGAUCAUUUUAUGUGAAGAAAGGUUCUCAGUUCUCACCUUUUGGACGUCAAGUAGCAUGAAGCAAUUCAUUCUCAAUCUGAAGAAAGGUUCUCACCUAGCAUGUUUGGAUCAAUUUCUCUCUUCAAAAUUAAUUAUGAGGCCCAGAAGCUACUCAAUGUAGCUUCUCCCCAGAAUUGAUUUUAGCUUUAAAAUCACUUUAGAAGGAUUUCCUAACAUACAUUUAGCAAGUAUGCUUAUGAUUUAGAAACUAGUGUAAAUUGCUGAAAUGUCCAGAAUCCCAUGAAAUGAAGUUACUCACAAUAAGGUUGUUUAUGAAUCA